GGCUCGGGGGCUGGUCUCCUCCCCGCUCUGCCUCCUGUCCUCGGUGUUUAUGAUCCGAGGCUGCGCGCUGAGCGGCUCCAUUGUCUGAGCAGCAGCGGCAGCAGCGGCGGAGCGGAGCGGCAUCACUGCGACCCCGAUCCCCGGGAGGAGGCCACCGCUGCUCGGGGAGCCCCGGAGCGGACACGCCGUUGUUUCUGUUCGUCACCAGGGCUGUUUUUUAAAUCUCGUCGCGGCUCCGACACGGACCGGGAUCCUGCGGCGCUCGCACCGGGCAACAGUUGUCACGAUGUCCGACAUCAGAUGAGGCCGGAGCCGCGGAGCGAUCACUGCGGCGCUGUCGUGCUCCGGGCUGCCGCGUCCCGCCUGCGAUGAUCCCGCCGCGUGUUUAACCGCCCGCGGGACGGCGAAGGGAGCCCGGUGAAGCCCGCGUCUGCCAGACAUUCCUCCGUCGCUUCGAUCGGUCACACGCCCGCGCACGCACCGGCCGAGGCGAGGCUCCGUCUGCGGGUGAAUCCGGCCGAGCAGCGGGGGCUCAUGCUCCGCUCCGCAGGGACGCGGGCUGUUGCGUCUGCGGAGAGUUGACGAGCCUGCGGAGACACGCGGACCGACAGACAGGCAGGAGGCCGAGAGACAGACAGGGAGCGAGGGGAGGGGGCCACAGCCUGGUUCGGUUCUCUCGACCCGCAGCGGAUCGAGCCGAGCCCCCUCCUGUUUGCACCCAGCGCCGCCACCCAGUCGUCCCCCGCUUCGGAUGGGGGGCAAGCAGAGCACGGCGGGGCGGCCCCGGGGCGCUUUCCCCGGGGUCUCCACGGAUGACAGCGCGGUGCCACCCUCGGCCCACUUCGGCCACUACCGGCCGAGCGGCACGAUGGGCCUGCGGAGCCGCUCGGUGAGCUCCGUCGCCGGGAUGGGCAUCGACCACAGCCCCGGCGUGCCCUUCGGCUUCUACACCCCCAGAGGGACGGACUCGGACCGGGCCGGAGGGGGGUCAGGGGGCACCACAGCCGCCCCCCACCACGGCACCGGGUACCAGGACUCUGGGGGAGGAGGGCACCACACGGACGGGGUUCUGUACCUGGGGUCCCGGGGGUCGCUGGCUGACACCUUGCCCCUGCACAUCGCACCCCGCUGGUUCAGCGCGCACAGCGAUGACGUGUUGGCGAGGGAUGCUGGUGAGUGUGUGAUCUGUCUAGAGGAACUGCAGCAAGGGGACACCAUAGCCAGACUGCCGUGCCUCUGCAUCUACCACAAAAGCUGUAUAGAUUCGUGGUUUGAGAUCAAUCGGUCCUGCCCCGAACAUCCGUCUGACUGACUGACCACCGGGCCCACUCUGAAUACUGUCCAAGAACAUCUCGUGGUCGUGCCGUUGCCACUCGGACACUCGGACACAGACGCAACCAAAUCCAAUGAAACAAUCAAAGCGAUCAACACACACUGACGUCACCAUCGUCCUAAAGAUCAGUUUUUCCCUCGUGAACCAAAAAAAAAGAAAAUGUGACUAUCACACCGUUGUACAUUAAAGGGCAGCCCCCCCGAGCCCACCAUCUUACAUCCGCUGAAGACACUACUCCCCCCCCCUCCCCACAUCCAGAUGAACCAGACGAGUCCCUCAAAGGGCUUCAUCAGGCCUCAAACCCCCCCCCUCCAACUCAGCCAUGGACUCUCUGAGGUGCUCAGGUCCUCACAGGUCUCCAGCAGCCGGCCUUCCAUCUUGAACCUGGAUCCAGAUCUGCCAGUCAUCUCUGUCCAACCCCCCCCAUGGCCUUAACUGGGGAGAGGAGAGGAAGCAGAGCAGGGGAGGAAGGAGAGGAGGAGGAGAGGAGGAGAGGAGGAGAGGAAAAGGUUGGAAGGCAGCGACACAUGGAGGAUUGAGAACUAUGACAAACAGUCGUGUAACAGCCUCUCAUUUCACCACAGGACUCCGACUCGGCUCCGGUGUGCUGCUUCUUUCGUUUCCCUUUUUUUUUGGACUCAUAGAAAUGAAAUGAAACCGUUCUGGUCUGGUUUGUGCACACCAGGGCAGACAGGGGGGGGGGGGGGUGAAGGGGCCAGCAAUGUUGUUUACGCUCCUGUUGUGUAACAUGUACGUUUGGGAUGCUCCGGUGUCAGUCUUCAUCCCGUAUGCGUAUGUACACUAUGUGGUGUGUGUGUCUGUGUGUGUGUGUGUGUGUUUGAGAGAAUUUGGAACGGUGACAAAAUAGCUUUUGCUGAAGCCCAGUGACUGUGUGUGUGUGUGUGUGUGUGUGUGAGUGUGUGUGUGUGUGUGUGUGUGUGUGUGUGUGUGUGUGUGUGUGUGUGUGUGUGUGUGAAAGACAGCAUGAAAGGUCAGUGUGGAGGGCCGACUGGGACAGUGCCGCGUGUGUGUGUGUGUGUGUGUGUCUAUGUAUUGAAAUGUUUACAGUGUAGAUGUCCAUGUUCCCUGUGUGUGCGACUGGCAGUCCUCCCUUUACUUUGCUGAUGUUUACAGCUGCAGAGACGCGACGUGACAUAUUGUAAAUUAUACAUGUAACCUCUUGGUUCUUUCCUUUUUUAGAUCUGCCAGAUUUUUUCAUGUGAUCAUGACUCGUCAUUUUCUAGUGAGAGCCUUGAGUGUGAGAGUGUGUGUGUGUGUGUGCGUGUGAUUCUGUGCAUGUGUGUGUGAGCGUGACGUUCAUGCUUCUGUCGGGUCCCCACAUCGUGUUUCUGUAGAGUAGGUACUGCUCCUGGAUACGUGAGCCACUCAGACCUGAAGGAGGACGCUGCAGUCCCACUGAUCGGGGCUUAUUUAUUCAUUUGUUCAUAUUUAACAAUAUUUGUUUAAUAUUACAGUCGUGUGGGGUGGUACUCACUCUUCAGAAUGCCAGAGCUGAUCAAUGAAGACUACUACAAACCAAAUCAUACAAACAAACUGCAUUUACAAAAAGCUACUGUAAACAAAUGGUGGAAUAAAUUGUGCUAGAUGACA